AUGGCAGACACUCGCCGACGACAAAAUCGCAGCUGCGAUCCAUGUCGCAAGGGUAAACGGCGAUGCGAUGCUCCGGCGAACUCGCAGGAAUUCCAGACCGAGGCCAGUCUAGCAUGCUCUAACUGCAAGCGCUGGAAGAAACCUUGUACAUUUACAUGGGCCUUGUCCCAGGCGGCAAGGCCUAGGCAGCCUGCGCCUCGCAAGCGAGUGACGAAAUCAAAGAACGCAGCAGUUCUCGACGAAGCAUUGACUGCGGCCACUGCGACUGCUAUCCCUACCCCCGAGAGCGACAGUUACGAUGCCCCUCCCAGUGUUGCGACUUUCGAUAUCCUCCCGAGCUGGAACGAGGGAUUACUCUCGCAUCCAGGCGACCUGUUUGAUUUCAACCAGUUCUCUAUUCCUGUUCAUGUGGAAGGUGCAGGAGACAACCAGGUUGAGGCAACCUUUCCCUUUGACCUAGGACCUCUCGGUACCAGGCAAUUCGACCAAGCCGGUCAUUCACCAGACAAGCCACUCAGUCCGCUCAGUCUCCAAACAUUCUCCCAUCGUCCACGAAGUCCAACCCUAGCCGAGCUAUUCCCUGAGCUCGAAGACCAGCCAUCCGACCCACAGACCGAACCAGUGAGCUUGGAAUGCGGUGCACAUGGCGGCCUGCGAUUGUCUCGCCCGGCUUCACCAUCCAUGCCCAACAUUCUCUGCUUUACGUCCAACAAUACAGCCCAGCAGUAUGUGCGCUCCACAAUGACGCACAACCUAAUGCGCAUCUACCACGAUAGCAUGGAGAAUGCCCUCUCCUGCUGGCUGACCGAGCACAACUGCCCGUACUCCGAGCAGCUGAACCACCUUCUUCCGACUCGACAGAAACAGGAAUGGGGGCCCAGCUGGUCGAACAGGAUGUGCAUCCGCGUGUGCCGAUUGGACCGAGUCUCGAAUUCCCUUCGGGGCAGGGUACUAAGCGCAGACGAAGACAAGGCGGCGGCACGAGCACUCCAUCUCGCAAUUGUGGCUUUUGCGUCGCAAUGGACGCAGCAUGCGCAGAGGGGUGCUAGACUCUCGGUUCCCGAGGACAUAGCGGCGCAUGAAAGGGCAAUUCGGAAGAAUACGUGGAAUGAAGCGCGUCAUGCUUUGCAGCACUGCACUGGGAUUCCGUCGUUCAGGGUGAUCUUUGCGAAUAUCAUCUUCUCGCUUACACAGAGUGUGCUCGAUGACACCGAUGCACCCGGGCCAGGAACUCGCCUCAAUCGGCUCUUGGAGAAUGACAGCGCGCCGGUUUUCUUGGAAGCUGCCAACCGCCAGAUCUAUACGUUUAAGCAUAAAUUUGCGCGGAUGCAGCGCGACGCUCGGCCGAGGGUGACCGAGUUGCGCAGGGGAUCGGUCGCAUCGACACUUACAGACAUUUUGGAAGCGCCAUCCCCGUCGUCUGAACGCACGCAGCUGGACCCGAUUCUGGGAAGCGAAGAGCACCGCAGCACACUGAGUCUGAUGUUUUGGCUGGGCAUCAUGUUCGAUACGCUGAGUGCUGCAAUGUACCAACGUCCCCUCGUGGUCUCGGAUGAAGACAGCCAGAUAUCAUCGUCGCCUUCGGCGCUCGACUCUGACUCCCCUAUCAACCUAGACUGCUGGAAGCCAGCCCAAACCAAAACCAAUGCCGACGUCUGGGGCGACCUCUUCCUCCGUACGCCCGCCACUCCCACACAAAUCGACCUCCCAACCCGCUGGCCGUGCAGCUACGAGGAAGCCGCCGCGGUCCUCUCCUCCGCAACGCCCGUGAAAGUCCUCCUCUACCGCCGCGUAACCCAACUCCAAACACUGCUCUACCGAGGCGCGUCCCCUGCGCGACUGGACUCAGCCAUCCAGAAAACCAUGCACGUCUACCACCACUGGACAGCAAAUUACCAACCCUUCAUGCAGGACUGCGUCGCGAACCACGACCUCCUCCCCUCGCGAAUCCAGUCGUGGUACGUCAUUCUCGAUGGCCACUGGCAUCUUGCCGCGAUGCUGCUUGCGGAUGUACUGGAGAGCAUCGACCGGGACAUUGGGACACACUCUGAUGACCACGAACAAAGCAACCGUAAAGACCUCAUCACGACACUGCGACUCGAUAACGCCCUGGCAGUAAGCGCCCUUGCGCGCUCAUCCCUACGGUCGGAAAAGGAGCAGGUCUUCACUCCAGCCAUGGAGCGCCACUUCCACGACUCGCUCACUGAGGUCGCGUUUCUCGUUGAGCCGUGGACCGUUGUGCUUAUCCACUCGUUUGCGAAAGCCGCGUAUAUACUCCUUGACUGUUUAAGUGGAGAACAGGGCCCGUUGGCGGAGUACCUCCAGAUCAGGCAGAACUGUAGCUAUUGUAUUCGGGCACUGCAGUAUCUUGGGCGGAAGUCGGAUAUGGCGAGGCUUGUUGCGGGGGACUUGGAGAGGGGGCUGCAGGGGAGAUAG